CAAUCAGUGAAUACAACUGAUAGUGCAGUGAGAAUUACACAUUUGCCAACAGGAAUGGUUGUAAUACAACAAGAUGAGAAAUCACAGCAUAAGAACAAAGCUAAGGCACUUAAAGUCUUGAGAGCGAGAUUGUAUGAAAUUGAAAGACAAAAGAAAGAAGCAGAGCGGUCACAGAUAAGAAAAAGUCAAAUAGGUUCUGGAGAUCGCUCUGAGCGCAUAAGAACAUACAACUUUCCACAAUCAAGAAUUACGGAUCAUAGAAUUCAUUUAACUUCAUACAAGUUAGAGCAAAUUAUGAAAGAAGGUGAGUUAGAUGAAUUUAUUGAAGCUCUAAUUGCACGCAAUGAAGCAGAGAGAUUAGCCGGAGAAAGUUAAAUAGAGAGAUGAAAUAAAGAUAAUUUGUACUAGUAUGGCUUAUAAAAGGUUUACUGAGGUCUAGUCACUAAAAUCACAUAUGCUAAUUGUUCUGAAGUCAGAUAGUUGC